AUGGCAAGUGUUUUAUCGAGAACCUUUGCCAUCACUGGCGGUGCAUCAGGCAUUGGGGCUGCAACAUGCUGCCUUCUGGCUGAACGGGGUGCAGCUACCAUUUGUAUCGGCGAUAUAUCUGGCAAAAACUUCGAUCAAAUCAAAGAAUCGAUUCGCAAAGUCAACCCCUCGACCAUAGUCCAUUGCACAUCCCUUGAUGUGACCUCCUCGGAUCAGGUUAAUCGCUGGGUACAGGAUAUUGUUUCAACCUUUGGAGCCCUAGAUGGAGCAGCCAAUAUCGCGGGGCUCGCUCAGGGUGCUGGCCUGCGCCAGUCCCCAACUCUUCUGGCAGAAACAGAUGCAGAAUGGAGCAAGGUAUUUAAAGUUAACAUGGAUGGGGUCUUUUACUGUACCCGGGCAGAGCUGCAAGCCAUGAAAGACCUACCUUCAGGUUCUCGAAGCAUUGUUAAUGUCUCGAGCAUCGCGUCACUUGUUCACAUGCCUGACGUGUAUGCUUAUGGGACCUCAAAGGGGGCCUGUGCCUAUUUCACGACAUGCGUCGCGGCCGAUGCCUUUCCGUACGGCAUCAGGGUAAACUGCGUUUCUCCAGGAGCAACGGACACACCACUCUUGCCAAAGUUUAUGCCAGGUGCAAAUACCCUUGAUGAGGUUAAGGAAACAUAUAAGAAAGAAGGUUACAGCGUGAUCGCUGCCGAUGAUGUGGCAAGAACCAUCGUUUGGCUGCUCAGUGAAGACUCGCAGCCAGUCUACGGAGUCAAUCUGAAUGUUGGUGCCGCGUUGCCCUAG